GUGUUCAAAUAACUCCUGCUGAAGCGACUGAGAUCGACGUGACGCACUGAUAAAGAUGGCGUUUGUUAAAGAGGAGAGUGAAGACAUCAGGAUUGAAGAAGUGUUCAGUCUGAAACAAGAUCCUGAGGAACAAACAGACCUGGUGUUGAAAAAAGAGAAAGAAGUACUCAAUGACAUUGAAGAGAAAGAUCAAUACGAGAAUCUGCAUGAUUUCACAGCUGGAAACAAAUAUUUUAGGUGUUCACAUGCUGGAAAGAUUUCCACACGAAAAAAAGCUCAAAAGACUGGAAAAACUAGAAGUGAUUUCACUUGCCUUCGGUCUGGAAAGAGUAAUAAUCAACAAGGAAACCUUAAAGGCCACAUUAAAGAAACCCCUUUCAGAUGCCAACAAUGUGGAAAAAGUUUCACUUUUAAAGUAAGUCUUUACAGGCAUAUAAAAAUUCACACUGGAGAAAAGCCAUACACCUGCCAACAAUGUGGAAAACGUUUCACUUAUAAAGUAAGUCUUGAUAGGCAUAUUAAAGUUCACACUGGAGAAAAGCCUUACACCUGCCAACAAUGUGGAAAAAGUUUCAGUUAUCAAGUAAACCUUAGCCACCACAUGAGAAUUCACACAGGAGAGAAGCCUUACACCUGCCAACAGUGUGGAAAAAGUUUCUGUCAGCAAGGAAACCUUAGCCACCACUUGAGAAUUCACACAGGAGAGAAGCCUUACACCUGCCAACUGUGUGGAAAAAGUUACCGUCAUCAAGGAAGCCUUAGCCACCACAUGAAAAUUCACAUUGGGGAGACCCCUUUCAGUUGCCAACACUGUGGAAAAAGUUUCACUUAUAAAGGAUGUCUUGACAGGCAUAUAAAAGUUCACACUGGAGAAAAGCCUUACACCUGCCAACAGUGUGGAAAACGUUUCUGUCAUCAAGGAAACCUUAGCCACCACAUGAGAAUUCACACAGGAGAAAAGCCUUACACCUGCCAACAGUGUGGAAAAAGUUUCCGUCAUCAAGGAACCCUUAGCCACCACAUGAGAAUUCACAUUGGGGAGACCCCUUUCAGUUGCCAACACUGUGGAAAAAGUUUCACUUAUAAAGGAAGUCUCGAUAGGCAUAUAAAAAUUCACACUAGAGAAAAGCCAUACACCUGCUAACACUGUGGAAAACGUUAUGCUCAGCAUGCAAACCUUAAAGUCCACAUGAGAAUACACAAUGGAGAGAGUCCCUUCACCUGCCAGCCAUGUGGAAACAUUUCCGUCAUCAAGGAAACUUUAGCCACCACAUGAGAAUUCACACUGGAGAAAAGCCUUACACCUGCAAACAGUGUGGAAAAAGUUUUGCUCAACAUUGGAACUUUGAAGUCCAGAUAAGAAUACACACUGGAGAGACUUCCUUCACUUGCCAGCAGUGUGGAAAAAGUUUCAGUCAUAAAGGAAGCUUUAACACUUGGACAUAGAGAAAAGUCUUACUCAUGCCAACAAAGUGUAGAUGUAGUUUCACUCAAAAAGGAAACUUAAACAGGCACACAUGAAUUCACACAGAAUAGAAGCCUUACACCUGGCAACAGCAUUUACUCAACUUAACUCAACUCAACUCAACUUUAUUCAUAAAGCACUUUCAACACCACAAAUGGAACCAAAGUGCUGUACAGAAAGUAUAAAAGAGAAACAUAAAAACAAAAACAGACAUAUGACAUACACACUUACAAAGCAUUGUCAAAAGCUAAAGAAAACAAAUAAGUUUUAAGUGCACUCUGAAAAACACUCAAUGAAGGACAAGUUUUAACAGACAGAGUAAGGUCAUUCCAAAG